AUAUUUAGAGAUGCUGCUAUCCUGAUGGUCAAUUACAUUGAUGAAAUUCGAUCUCAAGGUUUUGAAGUGGAAUUUUUAAACAUUGGAGGUGGUUUAGGUAUAGAUUACUAUCAUGCAGGUGCCAUUCUUCCAACACCUAUGGAUCUCAUCAAUACUGUGCGUGAGCUAGUGCGCUCUCGUGAUCUGAAUCUCAUUAUUGAACCUGGAAGGUCCCUCAUUGCCAAUACUUGCUGUUUUGUUAAUCGGGUAACUGGAGUCAAAUCAAACGGCACAAAAAAAUUUAUAGUUAUUGAUGGGAGCAUGGCAGAGCUCAUACGCCCAAGUCUGUAUGGAGCAUACCAGCACAUUGAGCUUGUUUCUCCGCCUUCUCCUGAUGCCGAGAUCUCUAUUUUUGAUGUUGUGGGACCUGUAUGUGAGUCUGCAGACUUCUUAGGAAAAGACAGAGAGCUUCCUACCCCAGCUAAGGGAGCUGGAUUGGUGGUUCAUGAUGCCGGUGCAUAUUGUAUGAGCAUGGCUUCAACUUACAACUUGAAAAUGAGGCCUCCUGAAUAUUGGGUGGACGGUGGCUCCGUGGUGAAAAUUAGGCACGGAGAAACCUUUGAUGACUUUAUAAAGUUUUUCGAUGGCCUCUAA